AUGUCUUCGAAUUCAUUUAGUAUAUCAACAGUUCGAGUAAAAUCUCAAGCAUGUGAUGGAAUGUCUCAAUAUGGCAAAUGUUCCAAAAACUCAGCAUGUGCCUGUUUCCAUAGGGCAGGCACUCCGAGCACAAGCAUCUGUACUAAUCGACAUGCGGUGACUUGUUCUGAGCUAGCUCCAUGCAACCGCUUAACGAAUAAUUGCAGCCAACCUGAACAUAUAUGUGUUCAUGAUCCUCAAUGUCGUGAUAUUCCUGUUUGUUAUCCAGUACCGAGUUACAACAAUCAAUUAUGUCCGCCGAUAGCAAUUACAACUACAACCAAAAUUCCUAUCCAACAAAUUUUUAUGCCCAAUAUUCCUGCUAAUGCCAAAUGGAAUCAGAACGGAGUGACUGUUGCUGGGAAUGGCAUGCAAGGUAGUGCCACUAAUAGAAUGAAUAAUCCUGGAGGUCUCUACGUUGAUGAUAAUCAAACAGUGAUCAUCGCGGAUACUGUCAAUCAUCGUAUCAUCCAAUGGAACAAAGGUGAUACGAAUGGACAAGUUGUUGCUGGCGGCAAUGGACAAGGAAAUGGAUUUAAUCUAUUAAGUAGUCCAAGGGAUGUUUUGAUCGAAAAAGAAACGGAUACUCUCAUUAUUUGUGAUCAAGGCAAUCGACGAGUUGUGCAAUGGUCUCGUCGUACUGGCACAACAAAAGGAGAAAUCCUCAUCGACAACAUCUUUUGUAAGGGAUUAGCCAUGGAUGAUCAGAGAUAUCUCUACGUCUCUGACAUGGAAAAACAUGAAAUCAAACGGUAUAAAUUGGGAGACAAUAUUGGUAUUGUUGUUGCUGGUGGAAACGGCAAAGGUGUUGGUGUGAAUCAAUUCAACGAGGCGGGUUAUCUUUUUGUCGACCGACAGCAGACUGUCUACGUAUCAGACGAGAAUAAUCAUCGUAUUAUGAAAUGGAAUAAAGGUGCAAAAGAAGGCAUCGUCAUCGCUGGAGGCCAAGGCACAGGGAGUGCUUUGAAACAAUUGUUUUGGCCUAACGGACUUAUCAUGGAUGCGUUAGGUACUCUUUAUAUAGCCGACAGGAAUAAUGAACGUGUGAUGCGUUGGUCUCAAGGGGCAACACAGGGCACUGUAGUUGUAGGUGGCCAUGGUCGAGGGACAGCAGCAAAUCAGUUCGUAGGUCCUGUUGGCUUGUCAUUCGAUCAACACGGCAAUCUCUAUGUCGUGGAUAGUUUGGGUAGUCGUGUUCAACGAUUCUCUCUUGUAUAG